AUGACUGACAAUUACUUAGACCCAGACUUCGGUGACCAGUCGCCUCUGUUCAGCUUGUUCUCAAGGAAACUUCCAUUGCCAUCAGAGUCUUUCUGUGUAGGCCAGGGUAUUAAAACUGACUUCAGCAACGACAGCUUCACCAAGAUCGAAGAUGUAGAUAACCAGACUCUGAGUCAGUUGCUGGAAGCCAAGUUUAGAGAUGACUGCAACAUUCAGGUCAGCAAGAGUGAACUCAAGUGAAUUAGAAUCAAGCCUGUUGAAAGCUUGCUCUUCAACAACAUCUCACCGGUGUGAAGCCCUGACUCUGAAACUGGGUUUACCUCACUUUUCAGUCAGCAUAAAACCAAAUCCACAUUUCAAAGCGAUGAUGCCAACCCUACUAAACUUUGGUUCAGUCAGACUCAAAAUAAGAUUCAUGAGCGACCACAAAUAGAUUCAUGGCAACAGAACAUCCAGAGGGUCCACACAGCUUCAAUAGAUAACAGAGUUUACUGUGAAGAACAGCUUGAACAAGAUUCCGAUGCUGAUUUGGUCCCUGUAAACCCUAAGGCUCUGAGAAGAGGCCACCCUCUUCUCGAGCAACUCCCCAAUUUGGGUUAUCAGUCACCCAAAGAUGCAAUGAGCAAAGGUCUGGCGCAAGACAAAGACCUGGACGACUACAUGUGGGAGCAAGACAGUAGUGAGUACUUCGAAGGCUGAAGAGAAAUCCCUUGAGCCAAGCCAACAACUCAGGACACUGAAAUUGUUUGGAAGCACAGAGAAGAUCUGAUGGACAAGGAAGGCUCCCAAGAUACAUCAAACUGCAUCAAGGAGAAGAAAACAAAUACCAAAUCUGGCAGUGCCUCAACCUUGGGCUCUGGUUCUCGUAAGACAAGAAAGAGCAAGAGGAAGCCAAAACCCAAUCCCAAGUUUGAAGAUGAGGUUUGCGAUCAGAGUCAGGAACUUGGCAAGUGCAUGAAAGAUGGCAUGAAGAUGUACUGAAAAGAGUGCAACAAGUACUUCUCAGCCCAAGGGUAUGGAGGCCAUCGUUCUCGAGUUCACAAAGGCCAGAACCCUCAAUACCGUCAGAAGUUAGCCAUCAGGAAGGCCAACGAAGCGAAGCUGGAACUCCUGAGGCAAGCUCAGUACUUGUAUUUGAUUCGGAAUUGCUCAGAUAAUACACAAGGAACAACUCCUCAAGCUUCAAAUUUAGACAAGAACACUGACGCACUCUCAAAUACAAAUUGUUCUUGGGCACCACAAGAAGCCAACUCCUGAUCUCAAAAACUCUGCAAUAACAAAAACGUGUCUUUGAAAUCCAUCAGCAGGACAGCUCUGAAUCGUCUCAAAUCAGAAAUCUGUAACGACCAGACUCUGCAAGCUCAACUCCGAAGAGUGGACUACAAAGGAUUCUUAAAGCAGAAGAGGAAACAAAAUAAUUAGUUCAACUUCAUAAAUCUUAAAG